GCAUAAAUGACACAAAAUCAGAGUUCCAUAUACCAGAUAAAUAUAUGUACAUUUGUAUAUGGAAUAUAUCAGUGCUGCAUAUUCCAGAUAAAGCAUUCUGCAUUUUGGUAUGACACGGACUAAUAUGGGUGUCUGUGCUUUAUCCCAAUACACUGUGUUUGGGGCAUGAUUAGAAGAAUCCAGUUCAGUUCUGGAUAUAACAGGCAAGCUUUCAAGACCACUGACUAGAUUUAUGAUGCCAUGGUGUAACGAUUACUAAUUAAGAGAAGAUGAACUUCGUUUAAGAGAUUUAGUGAUAACAUGACAUAUAAUCAUUAUGCUUGUUAUACAAAACUAUGUAAUAUUGGCAUCAUUACAUGUAACAUUGGCAUCGAUACAUGUAACAUUGGCAUAUGUACAUGUAACAUUGGCAUCAUUACAUAUAAGAAUGACAUCAGUACAUGUAACAUUGGCAUCAUUACAUGUAACAUUGACAUAUGUACAUGUAACAUUGGCAUCCUUACAUAUAAGAAUGACAUCAGUACAUGCUACAUUGGCAUUAUUGCAUGUAACAUUGGCAUCAUUGCAUGUAACAUUGACAUCAUUUCAUGGAACACUGUCAUAAUUACAUAUAACAUUGGUAUCAUUACUAACUACUUACAAAAUAUGUCAAAUUUCAUUUGACCAUGAUGCAUCUAUAAAUGUGAGCGUUUACCAAACAUUCAUCUAUAAAGACUCCAAUGCGAAGAGGGACAACGUUUUGGCAAAUUAUGAGACUCUGAGUGAUAAUAAAUGAAAUAUCCUAAAAACUUGAAAAACAUAGAAUGAAGUAAAA